AUGGCCUUGGUAUUUGGUUCUUGCGUGGCCAAUGGUGAAUAUCUCGGAGGCGGCCGUGAACUUACCGGCAACCCCACCGUCUUUGAUAUAACUCACUUUGGAGCAGUGGGAGAUGGCCGCACCAAUACUUUCAAGGCGUUUUUGAAAGCAUGGAUCCAAGUGUGUGCAAGUCCUGUACCAGCAACGCUACUAGUCCCUAGAGGAAAUUUCUUGGCUGGUCCAAUUAUUUUCGCUGGUCCAUGCAAGAGCCACGUGACCGUCAACGUUCAAGGCACGAUCAGUGCUACAACAAGCGGAUUCGCAACCCCUGAAUGGAUCUUAUUCGAGCGUGUCGACAAUGUCCACCUCACCGGACCUGGCACAAUUCACGGCAGAGGUGAAGCCGUAUGGGCAACAGAUGGUUGUGGCAAAAAGUUUAAAUGCAAUCUUCCCCCAACGUCUCUAAAAUUCAGAAACAUAGUAAAUCUUGAAGUCAGUGGUAUUAGCUCGGUCAACGCAAAGGCCUUCCACAUGUUCUUGGUGAAAACCGUGAAUGUCAACAUCCACAACAUUAAGAUUAUCGCCCCUGCCGAAAGUCCCAACACUGACGGUAUCCAUUUGAGCAAUGCCGAUAACGUUAAGAUCCUCGACAGUUUCAUAGGGACAGGAGACGAUUGUGUUUCAGUCGGUCGUGGUUCCAACAAUGUAACCGUCGAACGUGUGAUUUGUGGUCCUGGACACGGCCUAAGUGUUGGUAGUCUCGGUAAGUACCCCAACGAGGAGGACGUUAGCGGCAUUCACUUUAGGAACUGCACAAUGAGAAAUACCGACAAUGGUCUUAGAAUCAAGAGUUGGGGUGGUUCGUCACCAAGCAAGGCUAUUGACAUUCAUUUCGAAGAUAUUAUCAUGGAAAACGUCAAGAACCCAAUCAUCAUUGACCAAUGUCACGUGUGGUUGAACUUACCGGGCUUAACUGGUUGA